AUGGCAGGGGCCUCUGUAAAGGUGGCGGUGCGUGUCCGCCCCUUCAAUUCAAGGGAGAUUGGAAAAGAAAGCAAAUGCAUCAUUCAGAUGUCUGGAAACACCACCACCAUCGUCAACCCCAAGCAGGCCAAAGACAACAAGAGCUUCAACUUUGAUUACUCCUACUGGUCCCACACCACGCCCGAGGACGUCAAUUAUGCCUCUCAGAUGCGAGUAUACAAAGACAUCGGAGAGGAAAUGCUGCUGCACGCCUUCGAGGGUUACAACGUCUGCAUCUUUGCUUAUGGUCAGACGGGUGCCGGCAAGUCCUACACCAUGAUGGGGAAACAGGAUGUCAAGGAUCAACAAGGAAUCAUCCCCUUGCUGUGUGAAGAUCUUUUCACUAAGAUCAAUGACAACACAGACAACAGCAUGUCCUACUCUGUGGAGGUGAGCUACAUGGAGAUCUACUGCGAACGCGUACGGGACUUGCUGAACCCCAAAAACAAAGGGCACCUGCGCGUAAGAGAACACCCGCUGAUGGGACCCUAUGUGGAGGACCUGUCCAAGCUCGCCGUCACCUCCUACAAUGACAUCCAGGACCUGAUGGACUCUGGCAACAAGGCCAGGACUGUGGCUGCCACCAACAUGAACGAGACGAGCAGUCGCUCUCACGCCGUCUUCAACAUCAUAUUCACUCAGAAACGCCACGACGCCGAAACGGACAACACCUCUGAGAAGGUCAGCAAAAUAAGUUUGGUGGAUCUGGCCGGCAGCGAGAGGGCGGACUCCACCGGAGCCAAAGGGACGAGGCUUAAGGAAGGAGCGAAUAUCAACAAAUCUCUAACCACGCUGGGGAAAGUCAUCUCUGCUUUGGCAGAAGUGGACUCUGGGCCAAAUAAGAAUAAAAAGAAGAAAAAAGUGGAAAGCUUCAUCCCCUACAGAGAUUCAGUUUUGACCUGGCUGCUGAGAGAAAAUUUGGGGGGUAAUUCUCGCACUGCGAUGGUCGCUGCCCUGAGUCCAGCUGAUAUCAACUACGACGAGACCCUCAGCACACUCAGGUACGCAGAUCGCGCCAAACAGAUUCGCUGCAACGCUGUCAUCAACGAGGAUCCCAACAACAGACUGGUGCGCGAGCUGAAGGAGGAGGUGUCACGCCUGAAAGACCUCCUCUACGCCCAGGGCCUGGGCGACAUCAUUGAGACAUAUCGAGCGUCUGGUGCUGAGAUAGAGGGUUUGAAAUUGACCAAUGCCAUGACAGGGAUGAGUCCCUCUCCGUCUCUCUCAGCCUUGUCCAGCCGCGCUGGAUCCAUCGCCAGUCUGCACGACCGCAUCAUGUUCAGCCCGGGCAGCGAGGAGGCCAUCGAGAGGCUGAAGGAAACAGAGAAAAUCAUUGCUGAACUCAAUGAAACUUGGGAGGAGAAACUUCGCCGAACAGAGGCCAUCAGAAUGGAAAGAGAGGCCUUGCUGGCGGAAAUGGGUGUCGCAAUGCGAGAAGAUGGCGGGACAGUCGGCGUGUUCUCCCCUAAGAAGACGCCUCAUUUGGUGAACCUCAAUGAGGAUCCUCUGAUGUCUGAGUGCCUGCUGUACUACAUUAAAGACGGGAUCACCAGGGUUGGUCGUUUAGACGCCAGCAGCCGUCAGGACAUCGUCCUCAGUGGCCACUUCAUCAAGGACGAGCACUGCACUUUUACUAGUUCUGCCGGUCCGGCGGGAGAAACAGUGGUUGUCCUCGAGCCCUGUGAAGGAGCUGAGACUUACGUCAAUGGAAAGAGGGUGACGGAGCCAACUGUCCUCAGAUCAGGAAACCGCAUCAUCCUGGGGAAGAGCCACGUGUUCCGGUUCAACCACCCUGUCCAGGCGAGGGCUGAGAGGGAGAGGACCCCCUGUGCCGAAACACCCGCCGAGCCUGUGGACUGGGCCUUUGCCCAGAGGGAGUUGCUGGAGAAACAGGGCAUUGACAUGAAACAGGAAAUGGAGCAGAGGCUGCAGGAGUUGGAGGACCAGUAUCGCAAAGAAAGAGAGGAGGCCAACAACCUUCUGGAGCAGCAGAGACUGGAUUACGAGAGCAAGCUGGAAGCUCUUCAGAAGCAAGUGGACCGUUAUUACCCAGAAGCCACUGAAGAAGAGGAGGAGCCAGAAGAAGAAGUGCAGUGGACGGAGAGGGAGAGAGAGCUCGCUGUGUGGAGCUUUCGUAAAUGGAGGUGCUACCAGUUCACCUCUCUGCGUGACCUGCUGUGGGGGAACGCCAUCUUCCUCAAAGAGGCCAAUGCCAUCAGCGUGGAGCUGAAGAAGAAGGUGCAGUUCCAGUUUGUGCUGCUGACAGACACCCUCUACUCCCCCCUGCCUCCUGACCUGUUGCCCCCGGAAGCAACUAAAGACAGAGAGAAGCGCCACUUCCCGCGCACCAUCGUGGCCGUGGAGGUGCAGGACCAGAAGAACGGAGCCACUCACUACUGGACAUUAGAAAAACUAAGGCAGAGGCUCGAUCUCAUGAGAGAGAUGUACGACCGCGCCGCCGACGUUCCCAACAGCGCCGCCACCGAGGACUGUGAAAAUGUGAUGACCGGAGGCGACCCCUUCUACGACCGCUUCCCCUGGUUCCGUCUGGUUGGCAGGGCUUUCGUUUAUCUGAGCAACCUGCUGUACCCGGUUCCUCUCGUCCACCGCGUGGCCAUCGUCAGCGAGAAGGGAGAAGUGAAGGGCUUCCUCCGGGUGGCGGUGCAGGCCAUAUCAGCGGAUGAGGAAGCUCCCGACUACGGCUCAGGAGUGAGGCAGUCAGGCACUGCCAAAAUCUCCUUCGAGGAUCAGCAAUAUGAAAAGUUCCAGUCAGAAACCUGCUCUGUGGGACUGUCCCGCACAGGGAUCUCCCAGGAGGAGCUUCGCAUCGUGGAGGGGGAGGGGCAGAACGCAGAAAUAGGACCCUCAGCUGACGAGGUCAACAACAACACAUGUGCGGCUGGUGGAGACGAGCUGGAGAAUCCGCUGAAGGCCACUCUGGACGGUCCGCUGGACGCCCUGGAGCACCUGAGGAUUGGUAAUAUUUUCACCUUCAGGGUAACCGUCCUGCAGGCCUCGAGCAUCUCUGCAGAAUAUGCUGACAUCUUCUGCCAGUUCAAUUUCAUCCACCGCCAUGAUGAGGCCUUCUCUACUGAGCCCCUGAAAAACACAGGCCGCGGCCCUCCUCUCGGCUUCUACCAUGUGCAGAACAUUGCCGUUGAAGUGACUAAAUCCUUUGUUGACUACAUCAAGACUCAGCCAAUCGUGUUUGAGGUGUUUGGACACUACCAGAAACAGCCUUUUCUUCCUCUUUGUAAAGACGUCAUCAGUCCACUACGUCCCUGCAGAAGACAGUUCCCACGCGUGAUGCCUCUGUCCAAACCAGUACCUGCCACCAAACUGACAGCCAUGACCCGCCCACAGGCAGGACCCUGCCACUGUAAAUAUGAUCUCAUGGUGUUCUUCGAGAUCUGCGAGCUGGAAGCCAAUGGAGACUACAUCCCUGCAGUGGUGGACCACAGAGGAGGAAUGCCGUGCCAUGGCACAUUCCUCCUGCACCAGGGCCUCCAGAGGAGAAUCACCGUUACUAUCGUACAUGAAUCAGGAGGUGACAUGGAGUGGAAGGAAGUCCGUGAGCUUGUUGUGGGACGUCUCCGCAACACCCCUGAAGCUGAUGAGACCAUCAUCGACCCCAGUAUUCUGUCCCUCAAUAUCUUGUCUGCUGGGUAUGUCAGGCCCAUGCAAGAUGACAGACAGUUUCUUGAUUCGGACAUGCCUAGGACCUUCUUCCGCUUCGAGGCGGCGUGGGAUAGCUCCAUGCACAAUUCUCUGCUACUAAACCGAGUCACUCCGUACGGGGAGAAAAUCUACAUGACCCUCUCAGCCUAUCUGGAGAUGGAGAACUGCACCCAGCCCGCGGUCAUAACCAAAGAUAUCUGCAUGGUGUUUUACUCACGAGACACAAAGCUCUCGGCCUCCCGCUCUAUUCGCAACCUCUUUGGUACCGGAAGCCUGAGAGCGGCAGAUGGAAACCGUGUAACUGGAGUUUAUGAGGUCAGCUUAUGUCACCUGGCAGAUGCAGGAAGCCCAGGUAUGCAGAGGAGACGCAGGCGGGUGCUGGACACCUCCGUGGCCUACGUCCGUGGGGAGGAGAACUUGGCUGGAUGGAGGCCCCGCAGCGACAGCCUCAUUCUGGACCACCAGUGGGAGCUGGAGAAACUCAGCCUCCUUCAAGACGUGGAGAAGACCAAACAUUAUCUUUUGUUGAGAGAGAAACUGGAGUCCACCCUGCUCGUGGGCCAGGACUCCCUGCAGUCCUGUGUCACUGAGGAGCUGAGUGAGUCUCCUCAGGCCCCCGAGGUCGACCAGGAGGUCGGCAGCUUCAGCUCUGAAAUCACCACGGAGAGGCAGAGGGAGCUCGCCGCCAAGUGUUUGAGGCUCCUCACUCACUCCUUCAACAGAGAAUACGGCCACGUCUGUGUCAGCGCCAGUGAAAGCAAGAUCUCAGAGAUGUCUGUCACAACACUAAGAGACUCCACUUCAAUCUCUGCUCUCAACACAAUCACACCCUCCUCAACAUGCCCGUCACUGGUUGAGGGUUGCUACGGCAACACUGAACUCAGACCACCUUUGCCCCGCUCGCGUGCCGUCAGUCCCGGUCCUGACACACAGCAGGACGCCGAGGCCAAGAAGUCCCUCAACGGAGCCUCUGACGCCAAGCCUCGCACCCGCAAGUUUGUCCCCGACAUCCAGGAGAUUAGAGUCAGCCCCAUUGUGUCAAAGAAGGGUUACAUACAUUUCUUGGAGCCGCACACCAACGGGUGGGUGAAGCGCUACGUUGUGGUGCGGCGGCCGUACGUCUACAUCUACAACACAGAGCGAGACACCGUGGAGCGGGCUAUUCUCAACCUCUCCUCGGCUCAGGUGGAGUACAGCGAGGACCAGCAGGCAAUGCUGAAGACCCCAAACACAUUUGCUGUGUGUACAGAGCAUCGUGGAAUAUUGCUUCAAGCCACUAAUGACAAAGAGAUGCAUGACUGGCUGUAUGCGUUUAAUCCUCUCCUUGCUGGAACUAUCAGGUCAAAGCUGUCGAGAAGACGAGCCGGACAGAUGAGGAUGUGAAACAACACUAUGAACAAAUUUCACGAGAGAAGGAUAAACGCAAAGACUUCUAUGUACAUAGAUCCUUGUCCCUAUCCCUCCCCCCUGUGCUGAGCCCCCGUCCCCCGUCCCCCACCACCACCACCACCAACAACAACAACGACAACAACCAUCUUUCCCCUGUACGCUCUCAGUUUAUCACUAGUGUCCUCGGCACCUAAAGCGCCCAUUUUGUGUCAGGCCUUUGCUGCGGUGUGAGUCUCGUAGUCUGAAGAACCUCUUCAAAAAAGCUGUCACUGUACUGUACUGGAGUUUAUUCAUAGCUGGACGGAUGAAGAAAAAUGGAGGAAGUAGCAACAGUUUCUUAUCUCAGAUUACAUACGUAUGGUAAUGUACUGUAGUUGUUGUCAGUGACACAUCAAGCCUUAUACAUUUAUUCCCUAAAAAAAAAAUAAAAUAAAAUAAAAAAAAAUGCAGUGACAUUUAUCUUACUUAAAGCUGCCAUGUCAGUGAGGAUCACACUGCUACAUUUGCAUCAGUAAAUAGGCAAACAUGCAGAUUCUUCUCUACUCUGCUCUACAGCUAUAUAUACAGUGUCUAAACAGGUUUGCAUACAACAUACAGCUAGAAAAUACACGCUAAAAGAAAAAAAAAUGACAGUUGAGUGUAACUCUUCAGAAUAUUUCUCUCUUCUUUCUGGUCCAUAACUCCUGACAUUGAGUAAUCUGCCUCCUAUCCCUAAAACUACUUAGAAACUUUAGCACACACACAGCCUGGCAAGGGAAUGGCAUAUCAACAUAAACUUCAUGUUCUUGUGGCAUUUUGAUAAAUCCAUGUCGUUUUAGCUACUUGUAGGAGCACUGUGGGUAUCUACAUUCACACCUUAAGUAAUCAAAUAUCAUCCCAUUAAUCCUCCCGAUUUAAUCUCAUUCUCUACCUGAUUUUUGUUUUAAAAUGUGAUAUAUUUAGAUAUUUAACAGCUUUAUUAUUUAUUUCUGCAUGUAUUUAUUUACAAAGACAUUUAUAUUUCUAAAGUAGUAGUACCGUGCAAUUUCUGCACACUGCACUUUUUAAUAUAAGUUCCUUAAAUGUUUGAACAAUACAACCUUGUCCCCAUGCAAUUAAUGCUACUGAAACAAUUUAAUAACUUUAUGAUUGGCCAGUUUCAUUACCUGAUUGCCUGACUAAUAAUAUCCCCUUUAAGAUUAGGACACACCUGACCAACUAACAUAAAUCUGACAAGAUCAAUAUACUAGGUAGAGAAUAUUAAGGUGGUCUGUUCGUUCACAACUGCACAAAACUACCUUGUUAAAUGAUCAAAAGUAUAAACUGUUCCUCACAGUACAGAAUGAGAAACUGUCUGAAUGAAAUGUAUAUUGAUUUAAUGUAGUGCCUCUCUUUUCAGUCAUACUGUAUAGGCGUACUGUACAGGAUGCCUCUGCACCAGUUGCUUUGAAUCUACAUCCUUCAUGCUGCUAUAAUACUGUUCUGGAAGUGUCUGCAGAUAAUAUCAUCACUCUCCUGCUUUUCAUCAUCAUCAUCAUCACUUACAUAUUCAGACAACACAUCUCAUUUAAUGGUAAUGGUAAUGUUAGAUUUCUAAUAUGGCAGUCGCAUGUCAUAUAAUACGUAAAUUUCCAUAACACACAUUAUACUUAUAAUUUUUUAUAUAUGCAAAAAAGAAAAACUUGUAUGGAUUGUCAGCAAGCAUUUGACUAUAUUUGUAAAACAAUUCUGCUUUGAAUGGAGGAAAAAAAAAACCCAUGCUGCUGACAGUGUCAAUGUCACUCCUGUUCUUUUUUUACCAACUCCUUCAGCUGCUGUGCGUUUUCAUUAGCAUCAGCUCAGCUUGAUGGAUGAGCAUGCCUCAGGUCAGCCAGCCUGUAGAGCAUGCUCCAUGACAGUAGAGACAUGUCACUUGUGUAUGAGGCCAGCAUCUCAAAGCAUUUAACCUUUACAAAAGACCUCAAGAAAUAUUCCUUUUUUUUUUCUGUGUCAGUUCGCUACGUUUGUAUUUCUGAUUCUAAUGUAAUCCAUACAAUAGAUUAAUCUGCUCAAAGUGUAUUUCCUGAGAUUGGAAAGUAUUCUGUGUGUUGUGGACAUGCUUUGAAGUUAUCCAAUCAAAACAUUUUACAAUCUUACAUGUGUAUACAACUGUCGGUAGUCGUAAGUUAAUCAAACAGUCAAAUGUCUGUUCAUAUGUUUUGUUUGUUGUGUAAGACGUUGGGGUGAUCAAUGUAGUGAUCAAAGUCUAUCCCAGACUUUCUUGGCAGAGACUACAGUUGUAUUUUAUCCAGCUAUAGCAUCGUCAUUGAGGGAACACCUGCUGCACUGUACAUUACACUGUCUCAAGCACUCAUUUCUGUCUUGAUUUCCUCUAAACCCAGUUUUAAAAUAUGAGCUCCAGUCUGAUCUCAAUGUUGAGAUUAUUCCUCUUGUUUUCAUUGGGCCUUUUUAAUGUGCAUCACAUUUGAGCCAACCAAAGUUUUGUUGGUGCAGUCACACACACAGACACACACACAAAAAAAAAAUCACACUGAAUGUACAUCAAUAUUUGAAAAUACUUAUUCUGCUGGAGUGGUUGUGUUAACUUGUGUUCUGGAUUCACAGUCUGGUUCCUUAUUGAUUGUAGUUAGGUUAUUAUCAAGGAACCAUAUGGGACAUACCUGUAAUUAUCUGUCCACUCAUGUGUGGGAGGAUGUAAUAGGUUCAUUAUGGCCCUGUUAGAAAUUGCAUCUUGUACAGAGUAAUGCUGUAGGUUAUCUUACCGUCACACGUUCACUCUGAUUUCAGUAUCUACCUUCACCAUCAUGCUCUGACAGCCUUCACAAAAUCUACUUUUUCUAAUCCCUCCCUUUUUUGAAGGAAUAUCAUUUGCAUUUUUGUGCUUCCACAUCUAAUCUUUUUUUUUUUUUUUUUUUUUCGCACUAUCAAAUUAUUUUGCAUUGUACAUAAACAUGAUUGCUGUGAACAUUGUAUUAUAAAGUUGCACCCAUUUACAAAAUCUUAAAUGGGCAGUAGUUCAGUCAGUGUCUCUGAGUGUUGGAGUUUAGCGUCAAAUGUUUGUGUACACUAAACACAUUGUCAUAUAUUAAAUAAACAUGGAAAUUAUGCAA